GAGCGCCCGGCCGCGGCGCUGGGAAGUCGGUGCCGCCGCCCUCCUGCGCCCGCGCGUCCACCGCGGACCGCCUCUGUCUGCUUUCGCCAUGCGUCCCGGGGCGCCGGGGCCGCUGUGGCCGCUGCCCUGGGGGGCCCUGGCUUGGGCCGUGGGCUUCGUGGGCUCCGUGGGCGCGGACCCCGCGCCCGGUGGUGUCUGCUGGCUCCAGCAGGGCCGAGAGGCCACCUGCAGCCUGGUGCUGAAGACUGACGUGAGCCAGGCCGAGUGUUGCGCCUCUGGCAGCAUUGACACCGCCUGGUCCAACUUCACCCACCCCGGGAACAAGAUCAGUCUCCUGGGCUUCUUGGGCCUCGUCCACUGCCUCCCCUGCAAAGAUUCGUGCGAGGGCGUGGAGUGCGGCCCCGGCAAGGCGUGCAGCAUGCAGGGCGGCCGCCCGCGCUGCGAGUGCGCGCCCGACUGCGCGGGGCUCCUGACGCGCCUGCAGGUCUGCGGCUCGGACGGCGCCACCUACCGCGACGAGUGCGAGCUGCGCGCCGCGCGCUGCCGCGGCCACCCGGACCUGCGCGUCAUGUACCGAGGCCGCUGCCGCAAGUCGUGCACCCACGUGGCGUGCCCGCGGCCGCAGUCGUGCGUGGUGGACCAGACGGGCAGCGCGCACUGCGUGGUAUGUCGCGCGGCGCCCUGCCCCGCGCCCUCUAGCCCCAGCCAGGAGCUCUGCGGUAACAAUAACGUCACCUAUAUGUCCUCGUGCCACCUGCGCCAAGCCACCUGCUUCCUGGGCCGCUCCAUCGGCGUGCGCCACCCGGGCAGCUGUGCAGGUGCGGAGCGGGACGGGGAGCGGCUGCGGGGCGCAACCCCCAGCCCUCCGCCGCGCCCCCAAGCCUCUCUGCGCCCUCCGCCCUGUGCAGGCAGCCCCGAGCCGGACGCUGAGUCGGAGGAGGAGAACUUCGUGUGAGCCUGUGGGCCGGCCUGGGCCUGGCGUUCAGGGCCUCCCCGUUUUAUUUAUUGUCGCAGCAAAGUCUAAUUUAUGUCUCACGAACGCUCCUCAGAGCCUGGACUGGGGCCUUUAGGGGAGCCCCGGAGUCCUGGCUAAUAUUUCAUAAGGAUUGGGGGAAGGAGACCUGGGUGCGGGGCUGGUGGUGGGUGGAAUGCCCACCCCAAGGACCCUCCUGCCCAGCACCCCACCCAUCUCCCUUGGGGAUAAUCCUUGAUCAAGAGGGCUGGGGAUUCCCUGCCAGCAGUUAAUGAAGAGGCCCUCCGGCCUUCUAGGACAAGGGCUUAGGGGUGAGGAGUGGUCCGCAGCCUGGCUGUGCACAACAUCAGAACAUGCCCAGACCCCCAGAUAGGCCAAGGAAGCAGCCACUACGGGGACAAGAACUGCAGAGCUUACCUUAGCCGCUGCCUCCAUUCCCCAGUGUGUGCUGACAAAGCCCAGCUUGUACCCUGAGAGAGGGUGCUAUCCGUGCCCCCGGUUUCAGGCGUCAGGCAAGGAGAGGUCAGCAUCCACCCAGAACAGGUUACCUGUCUGGUGGAGCCCAGUCCACUUAGGGUGGGACCUGGUGGGGCCUGUCAGCCCUUGCCCAUCCACUGACCCAGGGUGGGGUGUAAAUCAGGGUCCACUGCACACCUGGCCUCUGGAGCCACGUGUCUGAGCAGCACCCCUAGUCUGCUGCCCUAUCCGAGGUGAGGUCCAGACCCGGGACUGCUCAGUCCCAGGCGGCCUGUCCUGGCCAGGCCUCUAGGUUUGGUUCCUGGCUGGAUCCUCACCUUCCUGCAGGGCUCAGGGGCCUUGACACCAGCCAGAUGCUGGAAUUGGGACAGUUCCCUCCAUUCUGUCAGUGUUACCUCCCUGUGACUGUGUGUAGGCCAAACUUUCAGACCAGAUGUGGGAGGCCCAGUGCACAGGUCCCCAGCUCCCUGAGUCCAGGACCACCCCAUCACAGCCCCUGGAAGUGCCUUGUCUGUGACACCCAGAGAAGCACCCUUGGGGAGGCGGAUUUGCCUGAGCCCCAAGGCAACCUCCCCCACCCUGGGGUCCUGCCUCACCAAAGAAAUAAAGACUCUAAAAAGUCA